GUCACUUCCUCUUCUCAUUUACAGAAACACCAUCACACACACUCCACCAUCAUCACACUCACAGUGUUGGUUUACUGGCUGCCAGAGCAGAAAUGGACUAUGCUCAAGGUUAGUUUCUCUUUAACUGCUACACUACUUUGUAGAGCAUCUUUAUAGUCUUUUAUUAUUAUUUUUUUGUUUGUUUUAAUUCUAAUUGAGGUAAUUUCACAACAUUAUUCUGUGUUUAUAGUAGGAUUAGUAAAACUCCUGUGUAUUAUGUCUAACAGGAGGUAAAGCAUAUGGUCAACUGAAGUCUCAUCAGGAAGACAAACUGAACUCUAUCAAUGAGGUAAGGUAUCAUUUUCAUACAGUCAAGUGAAUGAUCUGCUUACCUCUAGAAAUAAAAAAAGACACGUGUGUUAAGUUAUAUGAUAUCUUAUAUAUGUCUAAAAUAUUGAUGGUAUUAUUUUUUAUACCAAAGGCUUUUCUGUCAGACCCUCAGUAUGCAGAAGAGGAGGACCUUAGCUCAAAGCUUGAACAGUUUAAAAGUGAGUAUUCAGAGGAAAUCCCCUCCUAUUGAAUUGUUUUAUUAUUAAGUGUUUACAUUUUUAACUGAUGAAACUUUUUUUUCAUUACAGACAAAUACAUGGAGUUCGAUCUCAAUGACAAAGGCGAUAUAGGUAAAAACUGGUCAAGAUUUGCUCAGUAAAAUACCUUCAUAAAUGGAAGCUCUUUAAAACUCUAUGGUCAAUUUGACAGACAUGAUGGGGUUAAAACGGAUGCUGGAAAAACUUGGGCUGACCAAGACUCACCUAGAGCUGAAGAAGAUGAUGUCAGAGGUGACUGGAGGGGCUUCAAAAGACUCUUUCAGCUACACCGACUUCCUGAAUAUGAUGCUGGGGAAAAGAAAUGCAAUUCUAAAACUGUGAGUAUAUUCUUUACUUCACGAAAGUAGCUGCUGGAGUCAUAGUAUUACAUAAAGCUAUGUAUGCUGAGGUCCUGAGGCUUUACGGUGGCUGAUAAUAGUGCAGCUACAGUGAAAACACUGACUAAGAGUACAAGUCUGCGGCCCAAACGAAUAUGUUUAUACCUCAUGUCUGAUAGCAGGUUAAGAGAAUCCAAGCACUGACAUGUUCAUUUUCGUUUUCAUUUUUUAAGGAUCUUGAUGUUUGAGGGCAUGGGGAAGGAGCAAGAGCCCAAGGAAACAGGACCACCUUGUCGCAAAACCUUUGCAGACCUGCCCUGAUGGAUCUCUGUGUCCCAGCAAUAGAUUGGCAUCACAUUGGCCUCUCUGAAAAAAUUAUGUCAACAGGAAUAAAAACACAAACCAUACCAUAAAAUUUGCAUUUUUUAUAAAUAAAUGUAAGCUGUAUAUAACAUGUGUGUUUGUGCUCUAGCUCAAUAUGCAAAAACGUUGUCUAUUUGUAAUUAAAGCUUAUAAUGAUUUACCUUUUUUUUUUUUUUUUUGCUAGUUCUGACUAAAAAUGUAAUUUUUACUGAUGCUUCGAUAUAUGCUACAAAAGCUAAAUAGACAAUAAACAAGACGAUAGCGAAUCCUGACAUAGUGGGAUUAGACCCUUUAACCUUAUGUCAGGAUCUUGUCCCACUGUGUUAGGAUUCUUUGUCCCUCAACCAUCAGCCAUCCACCAGCAUUAUCAUGUUCAUUACCAGGCUACAAGCUUGUUAUACAAAAAAGUUGACACCUCGAGUUAAUCAGAAGAUUAUUUUAUCAAUAUAAAAUAUAUGGUUUUAAUAAAAAGUCUCUCAGCUAU